UCGAUGCUAUUGACUGGACGGCAACGCCAUCUUGAAAAGUGUCCUCCAUUGCCAACUAUUUCACGUUGGCCACAUCUAGUCAGUUUUAAAUGUUUGAUUUCUCCGUCACAUUUUAUAUGUAUUUGUGUUUGGAACCGAUUAUUGCUUUUGGACAAUUGGAAAGAUAUUCAUGCUGGAGACUCGCCGGUCUCAAAUUUGUUGGUGGUGUACUGCUGAAUGUGCGCCGCUGUUGUGAUCGUCCAUUUUGCUGAUUAACCCGGAAGUGCUGACUAACCUGGAAUGGGCCACGCAUAUCACACCGCAGAACUGCCUUUUUUUUAACCUGAGCUCUGGUGUCUGGCCUACCCACAGAAUAGGACAAAUAUGUUUUGGAAAUUUGACCUCCACGCCACAUCCCACAUUGACACUCUGCUGGAGAGGGACGAUGUAAGACUAACCGAUGUAAUGGAUGAGGAGGAUGUUCUGCAAGAGUGCAAAGCCCAAAACCACAAACUGGUUGACUUCCUUUUGAGACCAGAGUGCAUGGAGGAGCUUGUCACCUUCAUUACGCAGGAACCGAGCGCUGAUGUUGAGGAAAACAUUAAAUACAAGUAUCCCAACAUAUCAUGUGAGCUGCUCACGUCAGAUGUGAGCCAAAUUAACGACAGAUUAGUGGAAGAUGAAAAACUGCUGGUGAAAUUGUACGGCUUUCUCCAGAACCAGCCACCUCUUAAUCCACUUCUGGCCAGCUUCUUCUCUAAGGUCUUGUCUAUUCUUAUAGGACGCAAACCUGAACAGAUCGUGGAGUUUCUCCGGAAGAGGGAGGACUUUGUAGACCUGAUGAUCAAACACAUAGGGACCUCAGCCAUCAUGGACCUGCUUCUCAGAAUGCUCACCUGCAUUGAACCACAGCUGUUGCGACAGGAUGUCCUUAUUUGGCUGAAUCAGGAAAAUAUCAUUCAGAGGCUUGUGGACAUGGUUCAGCCAUCGCUUGAUGAAGAUAGACACUCCAACGCCUCACAGUCACUGUGUGAGAUCAUCAGACUGAGCCGAGACCAGAUGUUCCAGGUUCAGGGAUGCCCACAGCCAGACCCAUUACUGGCUACACUUGAAAAGCAGACCACGGUAGAGAAGCUUCUGUCCCAUAUCUUCGAUAAGGAGAAGAAUGAAUCUGCGAUUGUCAGUGUCAUCCAGAUCCUUCUUACACUGUUUGAGACAAGACGACCAGCGUUUGAGGGCCAUAUGGAAUGCUCCCCUAGAAUGUCCAAUCCUUCAUUCUCAGUCAACCAUAGCAUCUUGGAGGCUGUGAGACCACGCCUCAAAGACUUUCAUCAACUGCUGCUGGAUCCCCCAAAGAACGAGAUGAUGAGGACAACGUGGGGGGUGCUCGAUCCUCCUGUGGGUAACGCAAGGCUCCAUGUGGUCAGACUCGUGGUCAGUCUGUUGCAAACCAACACUCCCUGCAUCAGUAAAGAGCUCAUUCACCUCAACACCCUGGGAGUAAUACUUGAUAUGUAUUUCAGAUACAUCUGGAACAACUUCCUCCACAUCCAGGUGGAAAUCUGUACAGCUGUGAUUCUGGUCAUGCCACCUUUCACCACUGAAGUCCAGCUCGACACAGAACAAGAAAAUGCCAGAGAGAGCAUCCUCGUCAGACAUUUGUUUCAAAAAUGCCAUUUCAUCCAGAGAAUCGUUGAUGCUUGGAACACUAAUGAAAAGGAGCAGCUAGAAGGUGGUCGGCGGCGAGGUUACAUGGGUCACCUCACAAGAAUAGCUAAUUCAAUACUUCAUAACUGUGACAAAGGCCCUAACGGAUUACAGAUACAACAGCUCAUCGCUGAACUUAAAGUGGAGGACAGAGAAAAAUGGGAGGCCUUCAUAUCUGGGCAGCUGGCUGACACAAACAAGAGAAACACUGUUGACCUGGUGACAACACACCAGAUCCAAUCCUCAACUGAUGAUGAGGUUGACUUUAAAGAUAGCAGCUUUCAUCAUGACUCAUCUCUACAACAAGCGUUUUCUGAUUAUCAGAUGCAACAAAUGACGUCCAAUUUUAUUGAGCAGUUUGGCUUCAAUGACGAAGAGUUUGCUGAUCCAGAUGAUGUUUUGGAUAUUCCCUUUGACAGAAUAUCAGACAUCAGUUUUUCACUCAAUACAAAUGAAAGUGUGAAAGUAGCUAUGUUUGAAGCACGCUGUAGAGAGAAAAUCCAGCAGUUUGAGGAUGCUGGUUCAGAUGAGGAGGACAUCUGGGAUGAAAAAGAUGUUGCCUUUGUACCAGAGGCACAGAGGCGCCCCAGGAGUGCAGGCAGCACAGACAGCGAAGACAGCACUGACUCAGAGGAAGAGGAUUCCAAGAAAGAUGCGUUUGAAGCGUCUAAUCCCAGCUCUGAAGACAUUAUGGAAGUUGAAACAGACACAGCUUGGAGCGGCUAUUCAGCUCCAAAUUCCAACUCAGAGACAGGCUGGGCUGAUUUCUCUAACUUCUCCACCACCAGCCCCAAUGACCCACUAAUGUGCAACUCUCCCGUUGCUAUGGAAACCAACAUCGAGAAACUGGAUCCGCUGAGUGUCAUUGGACCAUUAUAUUCGGAUGAAAGUCAUGGCUGGCUGAGUCCUAGUAUUUCUUCUUGCUCUUCCGUCACAUCUAAGGGUUGUGGAAGAUCUAAAAUGGAGGAUGAAACUACCUGCAGCGUUCAACGCAGUAUUACAGAUACAGUCAUCAACGGCUCCAUAAAAGAGACUUUCAGCCUCACUGUUGAUGCCAAGACUGAGACGGCUGUCUUCAAGAGAGUGUUGAAAUCAUAUCGCAAUGACAAGUGCCAGUACGCAAUGGAAUUCCCUUAUGGCCCUCGAGAGGAAAUGUCCAACAUAGAUGAUGCCAAGUAAGUCACAUUGUCCCUUUAUUCCAUUUAC